UUUUUUUCCCCUCCUUCGCACUUGUUCCUCAUUAAAAGAACGAAACUUAAUCCCCUCAUGGCUUCAUUAACUCCCACCGAAAAGUAUAACCUCAUCUCCAGAGGAUUACAGGAGGUUUUGGGCAAGGAGCAGAUCGAGUCCAUCCUUGCUGAGCGUGAUCUCAAUGUCUAUUGGGGUACUGCACCCACUGGAAAGCCUCACUUGGGAUACUUUGUGCCUAUGACAAAGAUCGCUGAUUUCCUCGAAGCUGGAUGCCACAUCACUGUCCUCGUUGCCGAUAUCCAUGCUUUCCUUGACAACAUGAAGGCGCCUAUGGAGCUUGUUGGCAAGCGCGCAGAGUACUAUACCCAGCUGAUCAAGGCUACAUUGACUUCAAUGGGCGUCCCAACAGAGAGGCUCAAGUUCGUGUUAGGAUCUUCGUUCCAAUUGACUCCCGAAUACUCGCUUGCCAACAUGAAGCUUUGCUCCAAGACAACAGUACAUGAUGCUAAGAAGGCAGGUGCUGAGGUCGUGAAGCAGGUCGAUUCACCGCUUCUCUCAGGAUUGAUUUACCCAGGAAUGCAGGCUUUGGACGAGGAAUUCUUGGGAGUUGAUGCACAGUUCGGUGGUAUUGAUCAGCGCAAGAUUUUUGUCUUUGCAGAGAAGAUCCUGCCUGCAAUUGGAUACAAGAAGCGCGCACACUUGAUGAACACCAUGGUUCCUGGUCUUGCUGGGCCCAAGAUGUCAUCUUCAGACCCUGAUACCAAGAUUGAUCUGUUGGAGGCUCCCGAGAAUGUGAAGCGCAAAUUGGCCAAGGCUUUCUGCGAGGAGGGUAACGUCGCUGAAAACGGUAUCUUGGCCUUUGUCAAGACUGUGCUCUUCCCUCUUCGAUCCAUGAAUGGCAAGACUCCUAGUUUCAGCAUCCUUAGGCCCGAGAAGUUCGGAGGUGAUGUCAUUUAUACUAGCUACGAAGAUUUGGAGAAUGAUUUUAAGGAGAAGAGAGUUCACCCUGGCGAUUUGAAGAAGGCAGUUACAGACGCCAUCAACGAGCUCUUGGCACCUAUCCGCAAGUGGUUUGAUAACGAUGAGCUUCGCAAGUUGACAGAAGAUGCUUACCCCACUCCCAAGCCCGAGCCCAAAGCCAAGCCCGUCAAGUCAAAUAAGCCUGUCGCCAAUGCCGCCCUGGAGGUCGAUAUCUCUCGCCUCGAUAUCCGUGUGGCCCGUAUUCUUGAGGCUAAGAUCCAUGAGGCAAAUCCCAACUCAUUUGUCUCGACUGUUGAUUGUGGAGGCGGCGACAUCCGCACGGUAGUUUCAGGAUUGGCCAAGUACAUCCCCUUGGAGGAGAUGCAGAACCGUCUUGUUUGCGCAGUUUGCAACUUGAAGCCUGGCAAGUUCCAGGGCGUACUCUCGGGUGCCAUGUUGUUGGCUGGAUCGUCUGCAGACGAUUCUGUAGUGGAACUGCUCCAACCUCCAGCUGGAUUGGAGGCUGGCGAUGUAAUUGAGUUUGAAGGGUUUGCACAGGCAGACCGUACUUCUCAAGAGAAAUUGAAUCCAAAGCACUUGAUCUUUGAGAAGGUAUCGGAAGAUUUCAAGAUCAGCCCUGAGGGCAUUGCUCUUUACAAGGAUUUGCAGUUCAGCACGAAGGCUGGCCCAGUUACGCUCAAGUCCUUGAAGGAAGGUCGCAUCCGGUAAAAAAAAAAAAAAAA